UACAACCCCACCGAAGGCUCUACAGUAGUUCCCCGGCAGCACAGGAGAAACAUCAUCUUUAACCACAGUACUCUCAGCCAACAAGAUGCAGUACCUCCUCGUUGUGUUUUCCUUGGUCGCCGCCGCCUCUGCUAGGAUGGCUUUUGUGUUUCCUGACGGUGUAGAAACGUAUUUCAAGGGUCGUUCUCUCGUCAACACCUUCACCUGUGACACGCGUCCUUACGGCUACUACGCUGACAUCGACAACGGAUGUGCUGUGUUCCAUGUCUGUCAGCCAAUCGUCGACGGUGCCGGGACGGUGUUAGAGAUGGCACACUUCUCCUUCCUAUGUGGUGAGGGGACAGUCUUCAGCCAGGAGUCCCUUACCUGCGCCGCCCCCGAGCUGGCCUUCCCCUGUGACCAGUCCGCCUCCCUCUACGACUCCACCAACUCCCAGUUUGGUUUCAUCUCUGAGUCCGCGCCCCUACUAACCCCCCGCGUCUUAGUUCCUGCUGCUGAGGCCAUUUUCGAAGCCGAGGUCAAUAUCGAACCCGAAGCCGAUGCCAUUAUCGAAGCCGAGGCUACUAUUGAAGCAUAACAACACUGUUCCCCAAGCUUCAAUUUCACAAACUCUCCGUAAUAAAAUCGACCCAUGACAUUAUGAAGCUAUGAAGCGUUACCCUGAGUUACCCUUGUCUUCUGAACUAUAAAAUAACUAUACAGGAAAUAUUUUAUAGCUCAGUAUGAAUUUAUUUGCUCAAUGUGGUGGAGUUUGGUUCUCACAUAUCUUCACCCAUACAGAUUUGUCCUCUCUGGAAGAACUCAGUCCCAAGUAUAAAUUAAGACAAUCCUUAUAUCCCUUAACGUGAACUUUCUGUAGUUAUCAAUUAUCAGGAUCUACAAAAAAUCUAUUACGAUUAUAUCUAUGUAUUUUUGAAGUCAUUUGGAGAUAUGUAUAGAGAGGAAAUACAUCAAUAUACACCUGUUUAAGCAUUUAUAAA